UUUUUGUGUCUUUAUGUGUCUGCCUCUGCCAUACGUACAAUAAAGGCACACUUGUUUGUCGUGUUUACCCACCGAACUUAUCAUACCGACCAGGGCGGGGGAUGGUUGAUGGUUUACGGUAAACAUAGUACCCAGCCGAUAUCACAGGUACCGUACCUUGGUACAUAUGUUCAUGUGUUCAUACAUGUACGAGCUAUCUGGGACGUGGUAGUUUACAAGUUACUACUCCGGACAAGGUGUUCACAGAGGACCAUCUUUGAGAUACCUGACCUUGUCGCCUCAGCAUACCUCCGACCUAACUCUGUAAACCACCUUGAUCACGGAGGAGGUGUUUCCGAGGGUUUAGGUGUCUAGAUACAUAUCACCAGCAUACUGUUACCCGACCUCAAGUUCGAAGAGUACGAUGAUAACACACAUCCAACAUGCAACCACUCUUACGGUCGCGAAGAGCAGCAAGAUGGCGGAGGCCGUCACUCACACAGUCUACUACUUUUGUGUCGUCAAAGCUACAGCGUCGUGACAUCUUGACGACAUCUCGAGCAAGGGGACCUUCUCAGCCACCGCUACUCGAAGAGACGGUCGGCGAGAACUUUGCCCGGAUCGUUUCUGCACACGGCGACCGAGACGCCGUCGUGUCGAGGCACCAGAGCAAGCGUCUCACGUUCAACGAGCUGGACCUCGACAGUAAUGUGGUGGCACGGGGUCUGCAGAGUCUGGGAGUCAAAAAGGGUGAUCGAGUGUGCGUGUCUUUGGGAAACAAUCUCGAAUUCGCCACUAUAACGUAUGCCUUGUUCAAACUGGGAGCCAUCUUGGUUCCGCUGAACCCAGCUUUCACCGCGGCCCAGAUCAUUUCGGCCUUUAACCACUUAUCAGCCACCCACCUGGUCAUUGGGACGGAGACGAAUCUCCCCUUUAAAGCUCCCCGGUCCAACGCACCAAUCCUCGAAGCAAUUGUUCCAGACGUGUCCAGUACGACUCUUACCUCUGAAGCGAUCCCGUCUCUGAAGAACAUAGUCUUGGUCGACAAUUCCGCCAGCCGAGUAGACGCUGCCAAGUACAACGUUACAAAACCGUGGUCCUCGAUCUGUCAGGACACGAACACGCGCCCACCUACGCCAGACGCUCCUCUUUCCAAUCGCGAAGUGGUCAACAUCCAAUUCACAUCGGGGACGACUUCAAUGCCGAAGGCCGCCUGUCUCUCUCACCGGUCGAUCCUCAACAACGGUCAACAAAUAGGCGAUCGAAUGCUUCUCACGCCCGACGAUGUCGUGUGCUGUCCGCCGCCACUGUUUCACUGCUUCGGCUGCAUUUUGGGUUACAUGGCCACGGCCACGCACGGCUCGAGCAUAGUUUUCCCCACCGAAGCGUUCGACCCCCUUGCGGCCCUGAAAGCGGUCCAAGAGGAAAAAGCCACCGCCCUCUACGGCGUGCCGACCAUGUUCCUGUCCCAACUCGAGCUCAUAGACGAUGGUGCCGUCGCGAACGAAGGGUUCCAGUACCUCCGGACGGGCAUCGCCGCGGGGUCUUCCAUCCCCGCCGAGUUGAUGAAGAAGCUCCACAAGGUGCUCAACCUGACCGAGUUGACCAUCUGCUACGGCAUGACCGAGACGUCCCCCGUGUCGGCCAUGACCACGACCGACGACCCCCUGGAGAAGCGCAUCAACACGGUGGGGCGACUCCUCCCGCACGUGGAGGCCAAGGUGGUCGACCCCUUUGACCACGACCGCGUGCUGGGGAUCGGCGAGCGAGGCGAACUGGCCGUCUCCGGUUACCUCGUCAUGAAGGAGUACUGGGGUCAACCGGAAAAGACGGCCGAGGUCAUGAAGGCCGACGCCGAGGGGACGACAUGGAUGCACACGGGCGACGAGGCUUCCAUGGACGAAGAAGGCUACGUCAGCAUUACGGGUCGCAUCAAAGACCUCAUCAUCCGCGGCGGCGAGAACAUACACCCCCUCGAGGUGGAGAAUUGUUUGUUUGCGAACCCCAGGGUGGCAGAGGUGAGCGUCGUGGGCCUGCCGGAUCCAAAAUACGGCGAGAUCGUGGCCGCCUUCGUCAUCCGCAGGCACCACUUGCCCUCGGGAGAGAAGAACCCCAUCACCGUGGACGAGGUCAGGUCGUGGGUCAGGGACAGGAUGAGCCAUCAUCUCGUGCCCAAGUAUGUCUUCUUUGUGGAUGACUACCCAAAGACGGCCAGUGGGAAAAUUCAAAAAUUCAAACUCAGAGAUCUAGGGGUACAGUUGCUGGAAAAGGGACAAGGCCUGAAAUGA